AUGGUCACUUAUGGUUGGAUGAUUGACAAGCGUCUCAGUGGUAUACCUGUUCCUGUUAUACGUAUGUUUUUCCAAGGUAUUGCACAAUUGGCCACAUUCCCUAGCCUUAACGCAUACAUCUUGGAUGUGAUGCAUCAUCGAAGUGGCGAGGCUUCAGCUGACGAAUUCGAUGUCCGAAUGGUCGAUGUUGGCAAAAUGCCAGCUCUUCUCACCCUACCAGGCGAGGAAAACGGACUGAGUCGACCACUAUCUUUCGAUUCUAUCAAGAAUAGAGUGGAGAAGAUUGUUUCCAAAACAACAGCCCAAUACGAGAAUUCGCCAAUCAACUGGGCUGGACUGGCGAACCUCUUCAGGGCCCAAGCUCGACGUGGCUUGAUCCAGAGAUUCAUACAGAAUGGCUUGGAAAUGCUGCCAAAGAAGAUAAGAACAUUUAUGAAAGGAUGGAGAAAAGUCAGAGAUGGAGUAUUCUUCUUCGGACUGCUGGACUAG